AUGGAAGAGAAAAGUGACCAAGUAAAUGAUGAUAUACAUGAAGCGGAGGACGACGGAGGAAAUGGUGAAAACGAAAAAGAAGAUGAGGGUAAAUAUAACGUAAAGAUGGAAGAGAAAGAUGCCCAUAAAUACAUGAAGAGGAUGAGGAAGACGAUGGUCAUGAAAUGGCGCAGAACCGGAGUAGGAAGAUGGCCAUCAUAUAGUGAAAAAGAUGAAGAGAAAGAUGAUGAAGAGAAAGAUGAUGAAGAGAAAGAUGGAGAAGAAAACGGUUAUAAACGUGAAGAAGAAAUAAUGAUACAGCAAAUGAAGAAAAAAGUGGAGGAAGGAGGAAGAUGGCAAAGGAGAAGGCGAAAAGAUGAAGAGAAAAUGAUAAAAACAUGUAGAGAAGAUGGCCAUAAAUAUGGUGAAAAGAUAAAGAGAAAGAUGGAUGAAGAAAUGGUGAUAAACAUGAAGAGAAAAAUGGCGGAGGCAACGGUGCGGAGAGAAAAUGGCGGAGAAAAUGGAGGAGAGAAAAUGGCGAAAGAGAUGAUGAAGGUGGAUGAUGAAACGGUAAAACAUAUGAAGAGUAAUAUGGUCAUGAAUACGCAAGAUGGCGAAAAAAUGAUAGAAAGAUGA